CCUCUCGAUCAUCAUGGCUGAGUUGUGUUUUUACGCCAUUACGUUAAUCUUUCUGGUCACUGUUCUAAACCGUGUGCAUGGUAUUGGCAUCUGCCACGGUCGGCUCGGCGAUAAUCUCCCCUCGCCAUCUGACGCUGUCGCCCUCUACCUCUCAAACAACAUCGCCAGCAUGCGCAUCUAUUGGCCCGAUCAGAACAUCCUCCAAGCCCUCUCCGGAUCCAACAUUCAACUCAUCCUCGAUGUCCCCAGAGAAAACCUCCAGUCCAUCGCCUCCGACCCCUCCGCCGCCCACGAUUGGGUCCAGAACAACAUCGUCGCCUUCUCCGGCGUCUCCUUCCGCUACAUUGCCGUCGGCAACGAGCUCAUCCCUGAGCACCCUGACUUGGCCCAGUUCAUCCUCCCGGCCAUGCAAAACAUCCAAGGCGCUAUCAACGCCGCCGGGCUCCAGAGCCAAAUCAAGGUCUCCACCGCCGUCUCUGGGAACGCCCUCGGCCAGUCGUACCCUCCGUCUGCGGGUGCGUUUGCGUCGGACUCAAUGGGUUCGAUAGUGCAGUUCUUGGCCUCAAACGAGGCUCCGUUACUCUUCAACGUGUACCCGUACUUCGCCUACAAGGGCAACAGUGCUCAGAUCUCACUCGACUACGCCUUGUUUACGUCCAAUAGUCCGGUGGUGCAUGACGGCCCGUUCGACUACCAAAACCUCUUCGACGCGAUGGUGGACGCCGCCUACGCGGCGCUAGAGAAGGUUGGGGGAUCGAACGUGAGGAUCGUCGUGUCAGAGAGCGGGUGGCCGUCGGCGGGGGGCUUUGCUGCAUCCGUCGACAAUGCCAGAACUUAUAACCAGAAUUUGAUCGGACAUGUGAGCCAGGGCACGCCGAGGAGGCCUGGAAGUGGGAUCGAGGCCUAUAUAUUUGCCAUGUUUAAUGAGGACCAGAAGAAUGGGGAGGAAACUGAGCGAAACUUUGGCUUAUUCUAUCCCAAUAAACAGCCCGUUUAUCCUAUUUCAUUUACCUAG